CUUCAGUAUAUAAGCAUUCUGGUGGUACAUACACACGUAAACAUAUACACCAAUUUAUUUGUAUGCAUACAUACAUGACUUAAAUACAUACGUACAUAUAAUUUUACAAGCAGGAACAUUGGCCGAAGAUUUUAGGUACAGAUGUUUGAGAAAGGCGAUGCACAAUGCUAAAAACAUUUAACAAACCAAAAAACAAGGUUUUUUAACAAUAACUGUACACCAAUUGAUAACUUUAUAAAAAGGAUACAAACAAAUUUUUGGGCUAUGAAAUUACUGACUUUUAAGCAGUCAUACAUGAAUUCACCCAUGCCGGAGGUGAUACGAUGAAGGAAGUGUUCUCUUCUUUCAAAGUGGGGAUACCAGUUUAAAAUACUAAUUAAGACGAUUCAGAUGCCAAAAAAAAGUAGUGUGCCAUAUGUAAAGCCAUUCUGUAAAGGUGCAUUAUAAAAAAAGCUAGAAUGAACAGCUACACACUUUUGCAUAACUCAUCCGAUCAGGAGUACUCCGAGUUUCUCAAGGAAUAUUUACUGCAAUCAAGCGCACAAAGUAACGAUCCCGAAAUUAACUACGAAGAUGGGGAAAUGGAAGCAGAGUGGUUGACCUCCAUCGGUUAUCCUGAAUUGUCGAAGCCCUUUGAACAGGGGUUGGAGGUUUGUAAUGCUGAACUGGAGCCUAUACUUACUACUUUAUCCAAACCACAUGCUCAAGCUAUUGUACAACGGGUAAGGGUCUUGAAUCGAACAGUUCGGGGUCGCACAAAAAGUCGAUCAAAGCGUAAGCCUGAUAUACGAGAUGUUUUUCGCGAUUUUGAUGAAUCGAGUACAGGGACACGUUCACGGAGUGCAACGCCAGACUCACUAGAUUCUAUAAAGGUCGAUGAAGUUUGGACAAACAGUUCUAUACCAAGUUUUGUAAGUAAUUUCGAAAACAUUAGUGAAACUAAUUGUAGCAGUGGAGAACAAUCAAAAGGAAAAUACUUGAAACAAAACUUACAACGAACACCCAGCGCGCCGCUUAAAAGUACCACCUACGCGGACAUAUUUCGAGGCUCCCAUGCCCGAUGUGAUAUCCCUUUGUAUUCAACGCAUGGUGUGGAGUUGCUGGGGUAUUCUCGGAUUGGAACCAUACAUUUGCCACGAAACCGAUCAAGCUCAGAUCCAUUUUGCUCAGUUGGGCAAGCACGUAAAAUGUUAUUGCGGGAUUCGCGGAGUGAAAAUAAAACAUUAUGUCGUCAAGAACUACUAAACUCAGAACAGCAGUCUGUACGACUUUCUCCCAUGCCUUAUGAUGGCCUCAGUUUUGAAAGCAUUUCUCGAGAUACCUCUGGUCUUGAUUGCGGUGAAACUCUAGAUGAUCAUAAUACUUCUUUAAAACUAUUCACAGAGAUAUUUUUAUUAAGCCAAAUUGACCUUAAACGCUUACAGGCAGUACUUUGGUUAGAAUUGGCCACAAUAUUUGAUCGUUAUGAAGUGAGUUUGGAUAAAAGGAAGCCGUUUAAGCGUCGCCGCAAAGAGGAGGGUAAUCUCUUUGGUGUAUCUUUAAAUGCACUUAUACGUCGGGACCAACAAGUUACUGGCACUGACUCUACGUUAGUUCCACAAUUUUUGGAAAAACUGCUAACCGAACUUUUGCACCGCGGCUCUAGAGAAGAAGGAAUACUACGUAUAGGUGGACACAAGCAAAAGACUGAAGUACUUUAUAAAGAAUUAGACUCAACCUUUUAUCAAAAACCCGAAAAGUCAGCUCAUCUGCUUGGAACAGCUACGGUUCACGAACUAGGCGGUCUGCUAAAGCGCUGGUUGCGUGAACUUCCCCAACCUUUACUUUCUACCGAACUUAUACAAUUAUUUUAUCAAUGUCACAGACUUCCAUCCAUGGAUCAAAGAAAUGCAUUAACGAUUGUAUGUCAACUACUGCCACCUGAAAAUAGGAACACAUUGCGUUCUCUGUUAAGAUUUUUAAACAAUAUUAUUGACUUGAAAGAUAUAAACAAAAUGGACCUGCAUAACGUAUCUACAAUAAUUGCUCCAUCAUUUUUUCCACCACGAUUUAUUCACCCGAGUGACAGAACCAGCAUUGCUGAGCAAGUAAAAGUGGCUGCACAUUGUUGCCGUUUGACGAAAGUUUUAAUCUUGCAUGGUGAUAAACUUUUUCGAGUACCAAAUAAUCUAAUUAUAGAAUCCAAGACUAAGAAAACGAGAAUGGCUAAAAAAGAAUGGCUUCGGCGAGAUAGUCUCAAUAAAUGAAAGAACACCUAAUACAAUUCGAAUCAAUACCUGUAAUGCAGCGGUCGGCAGCUCAGCCUCAGCGGGACACGUACAUCGUAGAACAGCAGCCGCCCCACACACAACGAUAAGCUGUCCCGUGCAACUUACUCAGACAUUUAAAGAAUAAAAUGUCAUGGCAUUUCGUGCCGGCCACUGCUUUAUUGGCAACGGUCCUGUCAUUGCAGCUAUUAAUAAAAAUUAAAGUAAUUCACAACAGGUGUAUUUUAUUGUUGCAAACGAUGCCUAAAUUGUACUUCAAUUUUGGAUUUGCGGAAUUUAAUACCUCGAUAGGUACAAAUUUCAGUUCAAGUAAAUGGUAAAAGUAAAGUCUCCCA